AUGGCGCCUGAAACAUAUGAUUUUGCAAACGACUUCAAGACUCUUUAUAUACCAAAGCAAAAACCUGAACCAGCUCCUGUGGCCGAAAACAUGAAAGCGUUGAUCCAAAGCUACCCACCUUUGAGCCAGGUAACGCCAGUGGAAAGCUCUGACAGCGUCUCAUUCACUGCUUUGUUAGAGAUACCAAAGUUUCGAGCUGAAGAGAGCUGGGAACUUUCUCUCUGGCAUUCAAUUGAUGGAGCGGACUGGACCGACGGUGAAAUACCUAGGAUAAAGAGCACCGAUGCGCCUCAAGCUCUCCAUAUCGAAUCAGACGCCGUCUCUAGGAUAUACUUUGCAACAAAAUUGUCUUUUAAGAAAUCUCUACAGUUCACUAUCAAAUUUCGCCCCAAUGUCAAUGACCCCUGGAGAUGGAUCCGUGAUGAGCAAGGGGUGGAGGAUGGCCACAUUGUGCUACUCCCCGCUCCCACCGAGUCUGACAAUUUGGCCGACCUUAUUUAUGGACUUGAUCCAGCAUGGAAAGUUACGUCUCGCAUGAGCCAAGCACCAAAAACUCAACUAUGGUCUCUUGAAACUGCAGUGCCUCCCGGAGAAAACGAUUUAUCUUCGUACACUGAUGUUGAGCUGGGAACACCUUGGGGUUCUUUUCUUAGGUGGUUUGCUAUUGUUCGACUUUGGUCUCCAUGGUUAGCACCACGCCAUGGAAAGACACACUUCUCGCUUGAUAAGGAUGCUAUACUAUUGGCUUUCCAGAGCCCAGAAGGCAGAAAUAUGGUUUUGCUCGCUGUCUCUGGUAUAAAUGAUUUAGUGCCAGUUUUCCAACACACUUCCAGUGGUGCUGUCUCGGUAAAUGUACGAAACGACUCCCUUUCGGAUGAGAAGGUUGUUAUUCUCGUGUCCGAAGGAAAUGAUUUCGAAAGAGCCGUUGCAGCUGUGAUGUACCACGCAAGGACACUUGUGAUGAGAUCACGAAGCACAAACCAAACUCUAGAAACCGAAUUCAAAACUCUUACUGACGCAGUUCGACCGGAGUGGCUCGAGAAUUGGUAUGAUGGGCUUGGCUUCUGUACAUGGAAUGCACUUGGUCAGAGGCUCACCGAGGAAAAGAUCCUUGAUGCAAUUGACAAACUCGAAAAGCACCACAUAAACAUCACGUCUCUCAUAAUUGACGAUAACUGGCAGUCAAUUGACUACCAAGGUCCUAGUCAGUUUCAAUACGGAUGGGUCGAUUUCGAGGCCGAACCACAAGGCUUUCCAAACGGCUUAAAGGCAGCUAUUACCAAAAUCCGCCAAAGAAGUCCCAACAUCCAACACAUUGCGGUUUGGCAUGCACUUUUGGGAUACUGGGGCGGUAUCUCACCCGAUGGAAAGCUCGCUAAGAAAUACAAGACGGUUGAAGUUGUUCGCGAAGAAGCUAAACGACGCAAUCUACCACUGGGCGGCAAGAUGACGGUGAUUGCCAAGGAAGACGUUCCCCAAUUCUAUGAAGACUUUUACAAAUUUCUUUCCGAUGCUGGCGUUGAUGGCGUCAAAACAGACGCGCAGUUCAUGGUCGACAUGUGGCUCAGCGCUUCCGUCAGACGCGAGCUCAUCAACACAUAUCUUGAUACGUGGAACCUCACUUCUCUUCGCUACUUCAGCGUCAAGGCUAUAUCCUGCAUGUCGCAAAUCCCACAGGCGCUAUUCAAUUCUCAGAUGCUGCCGAAUCGGCCUGCUUUGCUCGUCCGCAAUUCAGAUGACUUCUUCCCGCAAAUUCCCUCGUCUCACCCUUGGCAUGUGUGGACAAAUGCCUACAACAGCAUUUUUAUGGAAUAUUUAAACGUUCUUCCUGAUUGGGACAUGUUUCAAACGGUGCAUGAUUACUCUGGUUUCCACGCUGCCGCGAGAUGUGUUAGUGGAGGGCCGAUUUAUAUAACAGAUGUUCCUGGGGAGCACAAUAUUGACCUGAUAAAGCAAAUGACGGGUGUGACUCCCAAGGGGAAAACUGUCAUCUUCCGGCCAAGUGUCCUAGGGAAGUCUAUUUAUCCUUAUAUUGGCUAUGAUGACGACUUACUCCUCAAAGUGGGCAGUUAUCAUGGAGCGUCGGAGACUGGCACAUCAAUGGUUGCCAUUUUCAACAUCUCAGCACGUCCUCUUACCGAACUCAUACCCCUUUCCUGCUUCCCGGGCACAGUACCCUCUCUGCAUUAUGUCGUACGAGCCCAUGUUUCAGGAAAGACGUCGAGUCCUAUGAACCUUGGAGACCCAACUUCGCUUAUCACCGGAUCUUUGGAUGUGCGAGGAUAUGAGAUUCUCACAGCAUUCCACGCCGUACCUCUGACAGGUCAGAAACAUGGAGACAUGUGGGUGGCGAAUCUUGGGCUUAUUAGCAAGAUGACUGGAGGUGUGGCCAUCGAGGCCGGCAGUGUUGCCCUGAAGGAGAACGGAAGGGUGUUGGUUGAUGUCAAGUUGAAGGCUUUGGGUGUUUUUGGUGUUUAUAUCUCUGCAUUACCCGACCUGGUUCUCAAUGAAGAUUUCAUAGUUAUGCUUCAGGAUCAGGCGAUUCCAGUCGGGGCUGUGCGUGUCUCGCAAAAUGAUGGGCAUGUACUUGAAGUAGACAUCGAGAAAGCUUGGGCGGAUAUGAAGCUGGAGCCUGGACUAAAGGACGAAGUCGAAGUCAAGGUCAGCUUUGCCAGUUGA